UUCACUCGUAGGGCCAUAGGUGUCCGACGGGCGAACCCUUUUUGCAGGUACCUCUUAUUGCGGCCGGCUGCUGAUCAUAAGAACUAAUCGCGCGUGCACACCUAUAUACUGCUUCUCACGCAUGCUCUUCCGUGCGCCGGUUCAUGUCGAAAUUCCCAAAUCAAGCCGCUGUAAUCGUCCCUUUGCAUUCGGUCUUCGGAGGCCUGUGUUCAAACUAGCCCCAGCUCGGUAAUCAUGAUUGAGAGGACAGUCGACUACACGCCUGAGACGGUGGAAACACCGCUGCUGGAAAACAUGGUAGUACCACCAGUUUUCAAAGCAUUAACUCGGGAUAUCGACAAAUUCGCUGAGCAGCCUCUGCUCGGCCCAAGAGCAGAAUUCACACUACCCAGCUUUGCGCUUGCUCGUAAGGAUGUGUCCGGAAAAAGAAAACCCCAGGCAAUCGCACAUAGAGGUUAUAAAGCACAAUUCCCCGAAAACACUUUAGGAGCAUUCAAGGGUGCUGUUGAAGUUGGUGCGGAAGCAUUGGAGACGGAUCUCCACAUCUCCAAAGAUGGUGUAGUUGUUCUUUCACACGACAAAGACCUGAAGCGGUGUUUUGGCCGGCAAGAGAAGAUCAUCGACUGUGACUGGGAAUUUUUGAGCAAAUUGAAAACACUGAAAGAGCCCCACCAGUCUAUGCCCAGAUUACUUGACUUGCUUGAAUACCUGGCCGAACCAGGAAAGGAGGAGAUCUGGUUGUUACUCGAUAUUAAGCUCGACAACGACCCCGAGGAUAUUAUGCGCCUGAUAGCGAGCACGGUUGAGAGUGUACGCCCAUCGCCGAAUAAGCCAUGGUCAUCGCGUAUUGUCUUGGGCAUAUGGGCAGCGAAAUAUCUUCCGUUGUGCUCACGGCAUCUUCCCGGAUUUCCCAUUACUCACAUUGGGUUUUCUAUCCUUUACGCUUCCAGAUUUUUUUCAGUCCCAAAUGUGUCUUUCAACUUGCUACAAGGUAUCAUCAUGACACCUUGGGGCAAAGCUUUCCUCAAGAAGGCGCAGUGUGAAAAGAGGCCAGUGUUUGCAUGGACAGUCAAUGAAGAGCGACGGAUGAGAUGGGACAUCCGGCACGGACUGGACGGCGUAAUCACAGACGACCCAAAGCUAUUUCUCGAGGUUAGGAAGAGUUGGCAUGAGGGGAUGCAUGAGGGUUUUGGGAUGUUGAUGUGGCUCGAUGUUAUUCGCAUCAAUCUCCUGGCCUUGAUAUUCGGGGUCCUGUUCCAGUUUAAAUUCGGUUUCACAGAGCGGAAAACGUCGAGUAGAAGGGUGAAUGCCGUGCCUGAGGAGAUAAUAACAUUGCAGGCCGGUCAGUGCGGUAAUAGCGUUGGCCAACAAUUUUGGCAGCAGCUAUGUCAGGAACACGGCAUCAACCAAGAUGGAAACCUCGAGGACUUUGCCACAGAAGGUGGUGAUCGAAAAGAUGUGUUCUUCUAUCAAUCGGACGAUACCCGCUACAUUCCACGAGCAAUCCUUCUCGACUUAGAACCGCGAGUGUUGAACUCGAUCCAAAACAGUCCUUACAAGAACAUUUACAAUCCCGAGAACUUCUACAUCCACAAGGAUGGCACCGGUGCUGGUAACAACUGGGGAAUGGGAUACAGCAUGGGCGAACAAGUGCAGGAUGAAGUUCUGGAUAUGAUAGAUCGUGAAGCAGACGGGUCAGACUCGCUCGAAGGCUUCAUGCUUCUUCAUUCAAUCGCUGGUGGAACGGGCUCUGGCUUAGGCUCAUUCAUGCUUGAGCGUCUCAACGACAGGUUUCCCAAGAAGCUCAUCCAGACCUACAGUGUCUUUCCAAAUACCCAAGACGGCGAUAUUGUGGUUCAGCCAUAUAACAGUCUAUUGAGUAUGCGGAGGUUGACUCAGAACGCCGACUCGGUUGUUGUCCUCGACAAUGGCGCUCUCUCUAGGAUUGCCGCAGAUCGAUUACACGUCCAAAAUCCUUCGUUCCAACAAACCAACCAGCUCGUAUCUACAGUCAUGUCUGCUAGUACGACAACGCUCCGUUACCCGGGCUAUAUGCAUAACGAUCUCGUCGGAAUUGUUGCAUCUCUUAUUCCCACACCUCGCUGUCACUUCUUGAUGACCUCAUAUACACCAUUUUCGGGCGAGAAUGUCGAACAGGCGAAGACCGUGCGUAAAACUACUGUCUUGGAUGUCAUGAGACGGCUGCUUCAGCCGAAGAAUAGGAUGGUUUCCACGAACCCCACAAAGAAGAGCUGCUACAUGUCCAUUUUGAACAUCAUACAAGGAGAAGCCGAUCCUACGGACGUUCAUAAGUCGCUCCUCCGUAUCCGAGAACGGCGGCUGGCUACUUUCAUCCCAUGGGGUCCAGCCUCGAUCCAAGUCGCGCUCACCCGCAAGUCUCCUUAUGUCACGUCCUCGCAUCGCGUAUCUGGCCUCAUGCUUGCUAACCAUACAGGUAUUGCUACCUUGUUCAAGCGAAUUGUUGCGCAGUAUAACACUCUGCGCAAGAGGAAUGCUUUCUUGGAGAGCUACAAGCGAGAGGCGCCUUUCAGAGAUGGACUGGGCGAGUUCGAUGAAGCUAAGGAGGUAGUUCAGGGAUUGAUCCAGGAAUAUGAGGAAGCUGAAGACGCGGACUAUCUCAGCAAAGAUCAGGAAGCACCGAAAGAUGAAGGGGAUGAUAAACGAGUAGGUGCAUGAUUCAGCAUUAGCCCAGGUCGGCUUGCACGGCGCUCUCGGGGUUCUUUGGCGUCAACUUAUGGGCGCAUAGUCAGUUCAAGGUCCAGUCAAACAUGAUCAAUGAUACCAUUUUGUUUCCGCCUGAACAUGAACCUGAUCACAAUUCUGAAUACAUCAAAUGAAGGUAGGGUCAAAUGCGCAGCAACCUUGGGUGGUGUAAACCAAGACAAUGACGGGGUUGGGCCCUCGCAACGAUUCCCAUUCGCCCAUUUAUUGUUUAUGGCAAUUGAGUCAUCGCCAUCUUCAAGUUAUAU